AUGUCAAAAGCUAUAGGUAUUGAUUUGGGAACCACGUACUCGUGCGUGGCACAUUUUACCAACGACCGCGUUGAGAUCAUCGCGAACGACCAAGGUAACCGGACCACGCCGUCGUAUGUGGCGUUCACGGACACAGAAAGGCUGAUCGGUGACGCGGCCAAGAACCAGGCGGCUAUCAACCCAACCAACACGGUUUUCGACGCCAAGCGUCUCAUCGGGCGCCGCUUCGAUGACCCAGAGGUCACCGUCGACGCCAAGCACUUCCCCUUCAAGGUGGUGCCACGUGAGGGCAAGCCACACAUCGAAGUCGAGUACAAGGGCGAAACCAAGGUGUUCUCGCCCGAGGAAAUCUCGGCCAUGGUGCUCAGCAAGAUGCGCGAGACCGCCGAGGGCUACCUGGGCGGUUCCGUCACCGACGCCGUGGUAACUGUGCCCGCGUACUUCAAUGACUCGCAGCGGCAAGCCACCAAGGAUGCCGGUGUCAUCGCGGGUCUCAAUGUUCUGCGGAUCAUCAACGAGCCCACCGCAGCCGCUAUUGCGUACGGGCUUGACAAGAAAGAUCGCGCCGAGCACAACGUGCUAAUUUUCGAUCUUGGUGGUGGUACGUUCGACGUGUCAUUGCUAUCGAUCGACGAGGGUAUCUUCGAGGUCAAGGCCACGGCUGGUAACACCCACUUGGGAGGUGAGGAUUUCGACAACAGGCUUGUGAAUCAUCUCGCCGCUGAGUUCCAACGUAAGAACAAAAAGGACUUGACCAGCAACCAGCGUUCGCUAAGGCGUCUCAGAACUGCCGCCGAGCGUGCGAAGCGUGCACUUUCGUCGUCAGCUCAGACUUCUAUUGAGAUCGACUCAUUGUACGAAGGUGCCGAUUUCUAUACCUCGCUCACCAGAGCCAGGUUUGAAGAACUCUGUGCAGAUUUGUUCCGGUCCACUUUGGAUCCAGUGGAGAAAGUAUUGCGCGACUCCAAGCUCGACAAGUCUCAAAUCGACGAAAUUGUGCUUGUGGGUGGGUCCACUCGUAUCCCCAAAGUACAGAAACUCGUGUCAGAUUUCUUCAACGGCAAGGAGCCCAACAGAUCCAUCAACCCAGAUGAGGCAGUCGCCUACGGUGCUGCCGUGCAAGCUGCCAUCUUGACUGGUGACAAAUCCUCUAAAACUCAGGACUUGUUGCUAUUGGAUGUGGCACCUUUGUCCCUUGGUAUUGAAACCGCUGGUGGCAUCAUGACCAAGUUGAUUCCAAGAAACUCUACCAUCCCCACCAAAAAGUCGGAAACAUUCUCCACUUAUGCGGAUAAUCAACCCGGUGUCUUAAUUCAAGUCUACGAAGGUGAGAGAACGAGAACCAAAGACAAUAACUUGUUGGGUAAAUUCGAACUCAGCGGAAUCCCUCCUGCCCCUCGUGGUGUUCCUCAAAUUGAGGUCUCAUUUGAUUUGGAUGCCAAUGGUAUCUUAAACGUACACGCUUUGGAGAAAGGUACCGGUAAAUCUAGUAAGAUUACCAUCACCAACGACAAAGGUCGCUUAUCCAAGGAUGAUAUCGAAAGAAUGGUUUCGGACGCUGAAAAAUUCAAAGCCGAAGAUGAAGCUGAGGCAGAAAGAGUCCAGACCAAGAAUUCAUUGGAGGCCUAUGUCUUCAGUUUGAAGAACACUUUAGGUGAAUCUGCUUUCAAAGAAAAGGUGGGAGACGCGGACGCUACGAAACUAAAAUCUCUGGUUGAGGAAACAGUAUCGUGGUUGGAUUCGUCGCUAGCAGCUUCAACCGAAGAAUACAAGGAUAAACAAAAAGAAUUGGAAGAAGUUGCAAACCCAAUAAUGACCAAGUUCUACCAAUCCGGUGGUGCUCCAGGCGGUGUUCCCGGAGGCGUCCCAGGAGGCGCUCCCGGUGCAGGUCCAGGUCCAAGUGCUGGUGGUGCUUCGGAAUCUGGUCCUACCGUUGAAGAAGUGGACUAA